AUGUUGGGCUUGGACAUCCCGCAAUUUAAUACUGAGGAUGAGAUGAUGAAUGUUGACUUUGGCGGAGCCCAUUUCCAGGAUGAGGGAGAGUUAUCAGAGGUGGAGAUGUAUGAGGGCGCAGGAACUUGUUAUGCUUGGGAUGAUGUGACCUUUCUGGAUCUUUUUGAUGCUGAUGAGUAUGCAGAACGCAGGAAAGAAAACCUCUUCUACCCUUUUGCAUCAAGGGAAGAGUGGGAAGUCGCCGAUUUUCUCCUGUGUUCUCCCCUCAGUAUGGCAGCAAUUAACCAGUUUCUGGGACUCCCUAUGAUCCUUCGGUUGAAAUUGUCAUUCCGCAACACUAAAGAAUUGCAAAGCCGUGCUGAGAUGCUGCUGAAGGGACCAAGCUGGAAGUGUCAAACCAUUCCUUCGCUCAAUCCCACAAAAAAACUACAGGACCAGCUCCCCAGAGGUGCAACAGUCCUGGGCACUGUGCUUUCUUCGGACAAAACAAAUAUUACCAAUAUGACUGGUGCCAGACUCGCUCAUUCGCUCCUUUUGGGCCUCGCUAACAUUCGCAUGAGCACUCACAUCAAGCUCUCAUCCAGGGCUUUUCUGCUCACAGCUCUCCUCCCUAUCCCGGAGUACUUGUAUCCCAAACAACGGAUGCGGGGCAUGCUAGAAGAUCGCCUUAUGCAUGAGUGUCUUUCCAUAGUUCUGAAGCCCCUUAUGAUAGCUGCUGAAAUUGGAAUCAUGAUGUCCGACCCAGUGGGAAAUGUGCGCCACUGUUUUACGCCUCUUGCAGCGUAUAUUGUUGAUACCACGGAGGCAUGUAUGCUUGCAUGCGUGCGCGGGAAAACUUCGCCGUUUACCUUAGCAUCGUAUCUGGAGUUUGGGGACGACUUUCGCCACCCCAAGCACACACGCUCUAUCACCCUGGAACAGCUCGAUAGCAUAACGGUCGAUCCUGAUGACCUUGAAGCUUACUUCCAAGCAUGCAAGGAAUACCGACUAAACAGUGUCCACUCUCCUUUCUGGAAGGACUGGCCGCUCGCUGAUCCAUCAGUCUUUUUAACUCCUGAACCUUUGCAUCACUGGCACAAGGAGUUUUACGAUCACAACCUCCAGUGGUGCCUUAUAGUUGUUGGAGCGCAGGAAUUGGACUUUUGCAUAUCAAUAUUACAGCCUACUGUAGGCUAUCGCCACUUUCAUGGUGGAAUUUCGAAAUUAAAGCAAGUCACAGGCAGGGUGCACCGAGAUAUUCAGUGUUACAUUAUCGGCCUGAUCGCUGGUGCAGCCCCUCAUCGAUUUGUGGUCGCAAUCUGUGCUCUGAUGGACGUCCGGUACAUGGCACAGUCUCCUUUGCCUGAUGAGAACUUGCUAGCGCGUAUUGACAGAUCACUCUUGAUCUUUCAUGAAAAUAAAGACAUUAUCCUCUCCCUAGGCGCUCGGAUGGGCACGAAGAAGCCUAUCGACAAUUGGUUCAUACCCAAGCUCGAACUUAUGCAGAGCAUUACUGCCAGCUCACGCAAAGUUGGUGCCCUCAUCCAAUGGUCCGCAGACACCACCGAGCAUGCCCACAUAUCCGAAAUCAAGGACCCUGCAUGGCACAUCAAUAACAACGACUAUGAUCCUCAAAUCUGUCAUCAUUUAGAUCGCCAGGAGAAGCUGCGAUGUUUCGUGAUUGCUACAGCACUGAAGAGUUCUUGCGCUCAUUCCAACUCAGAAGAUGAUGAAGAUUGUGAUGAAGUGAUGGACCCGCGAACUGCGCUCUUGGAAGAGCUGAACCACAUGUGCAUCACUACCAACUACUUUAGCAAAGCAAGGCAAUUGGUUGCCACAAGGCGCGAUAAUAUUCCUCACCCUCCCCGGACAUUCAUUGCUGCCUCCACCGCUAUCCAUCUCAAUUUUUCCCCUACUUGUACUGGGCUGAAAAUUGACGAGAUUUAUGCCAGGUUCUUUCCGACUUCUUGCAACGUGACACAAGGAAUGGAGAAGCAGGUCAUGGAUUGGGAGUUCCAAGAAGAUCACUAA